GAGCGCCUCGGCGCCUCUCAAGUCGCGGCAGACAUUUUUCAAUGCAAGAUUUUUUUCUUGCAUAAAUUAUGUUCAUGACGUAGUGGCGAAAAGGGCACAUUUGUGGCGAUUCCCGCCGACUUUGCUCCUCACAUGGGCGCUGGUGAGGUUCCUGGAGGCUUUUUUUCGGCGUUGCCUUCGCGGCGAGCCUGGUGGAGAGAGGCCAGACUCCCCCAAAAAACACACACAUUGCAGCCCUCCUUCUUAGCCAUGCAAAUGGCUUUUGUGUGUGCGGCCACUGCGCCUGUCUGGGAGCUGAGAUGAAUUUUUAAUUAGGUGUGCCUGAUACAAACUGUCACACUGUUGAGAUUUUUUCCGCGGGGGUUCACCUGGGCGAGUUUUUUUUUGGAGCCAUGAAGUCCCAGGACCUUCCUGCCAGAGACGCCCCGGCGCUUACCGUCAACGAGCAGCCAUUCACUGUCUGAGCGCAGACGUCUUUUUUCAGCCCAUUUCAAAUCCUGCCCUUUGACAUUCCCUGCCGGAGGCUACCAGGUCAUCGUGAUGUCCGGCCAAGAGACAAUACGCGUGCUGGAGGUGGAAGUCGAUGCGUCUUCUUCAUCGGUACCGGAAGGGAAGAGGAGUGAAGGGAAAGCGGAAGAGGGAGGGGCUCAACCCGAGGGAAGCCUCCCACGGGACGACCAUGUUGGACACACGCCACAAACGGCGCCCGCACAGGCUCCGCCGCCUGCCGCCCAGACGGUCACGCCGACUGUGCCCAUCAGCGUAUCCCUGCCGCCGCCUCCAGCGGCCGCCGUCACCGUGCAAGGUUGUCCGCAGGUUCUGUCCCAGGAGAGUUUGGCCACGCUGAUGACUGCUGGUAUGUUGGCCCAGACGGGCUCCCUUGGCCAGCCCCUGCUCAUCCCCAUCGGUGGCCAGGGGGGUCUGGCUGUCCUCACCCUGCCCACAACCAACGUGGCCACUCUGUCUGGGCUUGCCACCGCCACCACGCAGCCUGGAAACCUCCUCAAGCUGCCCUUUGCUGGCCUUCAAGCUGCAACAGUUCUGAACUCGGUUCAGCCUCAGCUGCAGACCAGCACACAGGCGGUGUUCCAGUCUGCAGCAGCUUCCAUACAGCCGGUGCAGACCACCUUGCAGCAGCCACAGCCCACAUCGGCCGCCAACGCUCCUGCCGCCCAGGAGUCCGCGGCUCAGGCCCCCCUGACGGCUGCCGCCGCCUCCCAGGCUAACCUACCUGUGGCGGCGCUCCAGACGGCGGGGCUCUCCAUCAAUCCUGCACUUAUCAACGCCGCCUCGCUGGGAGCGCAGACCCAGUUCCUCAGUUCGCUCACCUCCUCCCCCAUUAUCACCAGCACCAUGUCCAACAUGGCCGGCAUCACCAGCCAGAUCCUGACCACCGCUCAGGGACAGGUGAUCGGAACGCUCCCUCUGCUGGUGAACCCAGCCUCCCUGGCCGGGGGGGCUGCUACCCCUGCCCUGCCCCUCCAGGGUCUGCAGGUUCAGACCGUCACACCGCAGUUGCUCCUGAACACGCAGGGCCAGAUCAUCGCCGCGGUGGGGAACGGCGCCACCGCCGCCGCCCUUGCCGCCUCUGCGGCGGUGCUGCCCAAAGCGGCCGCCCCACCCGCAGCGUCCAAAGCCAGCCCCCAGGCCACAGCUGCCAGCCAGUCGCCCGUCAUCAUCGCCCCGCAGCCGUCAGUGCUCAAGAGCGCCACCACGCCUUCCUGUGCGGCCCCCGUGACCUGUGCCGACAUGGCUAAAGUGGGGCAGCUAGUCAGCAAGCCCCAUCAGGCCACCAGCGGCGAGGACGGUAUCAAUCUGGAGGAGAUACGAGAGUUCGCCAAGAACUUCAAGAUCCGUCGGCUGUCGCUGGGACUCACGCAGACGCAAGUGGGACAGGCUCUGACCGCCACGGAAGGCCCCGCUUACAGCCAGUCGGCCAUUUGCAGGUUUGAAAAGCUGGACAUCACCCCGAAGAGCGCCCAGAAGCUGAAGCCGGUGCUGGAGAAGUGGCUGGCCGAGGCGGAGCACUGGAACCAGAAGGGCCAGCAGAACCUGAUGGAGUUUGUGGGCGGCGAGCCGUCCAAGAAGCGCAAGCGUCGCACCAGCUUCACGCCUCAGGCCAUCGAGGUGCUCAACUCCUACUUUGAGAAGAACUCGCUGCCCACGGGACAGGAGAUCACCGAGAUCGCCAAGGAGCUCAACUACGACCGGGAGGUGGUGCGCGUUUGGUUCUGCAAUCGGCGACAGACGCUGAAAAACACCAGCAAGAUUAACAUUUUCCAGGUGCAGUAGGGCAAAGACGGACCCUUUUUUUUUUGUAAAUACCAGAAAAUAACAAGGAUGUUACUAAUAAUCCAACAAAUCAAUGCUGCAAAGUACUGAAGCAUGUCCUUUGCUUUCAGUACACUUCAAUACUAUGUACACUGCGUACAUAGUUCGUGAGUGUGCACAUUUCGGCACUCUAGUGCUGUCCCAAAUCCAUUACGGCCGUUGGGUGCUUACCCCCGGAAAGGUUUGGUAGUCCCACCUCUUGUGCUACGUAGCCAAGAUGGUGACUUUUGAGGGUGGUAAGUGUCCAUCACUACACACUUACCAUUUCGACUGGUUUGAGUGCACGGACACGCACAAGACAAGAGCUGUGUCUCAGAUGGAAUACUUCAGUUAGUACACUUCAAUACAGUAUACUCUGUAUUGCACACAUUUUGACGGCGUAGUGCUGUCCCAAAUCCACUUACCCGCUUCUUCUUCUUCUCUGCUUUUAAGUUUGGAAACAUGGUUUGGUAGCUCCACCCCUUGAUGAAGAUUGCACUCACCAUUUGUGCGCAGUGCAUCAUCGGACAGUGCACUGAAUUAACUGCACGUAUGCACUCAAAAGACUAGAGCUGUGUCUAGCAUGGAAUUAAUACUGUGUACACUGUGUACUUAGUUCCUGAGUGUGCAAAUUAUGACAGGGUAGUGCUGUCCCAAAUCCACUUCCCUGUUUCUUCUCCUCUGCUUUUUAAGUUUGGUAGUCCAACCCCUUGCGCUACACAGCCAAGAUGGCGACUUUUGAGGGUGGCAAGUGUCCAUCGCUGCACACUCACCAUUUCGACUGUUUUGAGCGCAACACCCAGGCACUGACGGUACACUGCAUUUACUGCACUUGUGCACUCACAAGACAAGAGCUGUGUGGAAUGGAAUACUUCCGUCAGUACACUGCGUACUUAGUUUUUUAGUUCAAACAUUUUGACAGUAGUGCUGUCUUAAAUCCACUUACCCACUUCUUCUUCUUCUCUGCUUUUUAAGUUUGGAAAGGUUUGGUAGUCCACCCCUUACGCUACGUAGCCAAGAUGGCGACUAUCGAGGGUGGUAAGUGUCCAUCACUUGCACGCUUAGCACUGCAACCGUUUUGAGUGGAACAUCUAAGAACGGACAGUGCACUACAUUUACUAAACUUAUGCACUCAAAAGACUAGCGCUGUGCCUCAAAUGGAGUACUUCAGUCAGUAUACUAUGUACACCGUGCACUUAGUUCCUGAGUGCGCCAAGAUGGCGACUGCUGAGGGCGGUAAGCGUCCAUUUUGAGCAUUUUGAGUGCAACGUCCGGGCGUUUCCGUGUGCAACAGCAAGUUUAAGGACAAUCAGCGGUGUUCUUGAUAAUCAUAAAACAUGAAGUCCCGUGACAUGUGUUGGAUUUUUUCUACUUUGGUACGUUUUUAAUACGUUUUUUUUUCUCCUCCCGGUGAUGCCGUGAAAGCAGGUGGUUGUUGGUGUUGCCAGUUUGAUGCAAACAUCAUCAUGUUUUCUUUUGAUGAAUCCUUUCAUUUGGGAUGUUAAUCCGUGUUGGGUUUUUUUUAAAUAAAAAAAUUCAAUUUAAAACAAGCCUGAUAGAUUAGUAACAGAUUUUACAGACAUUUUAAUGAUUCUAAUAUAAAUCAAAUAAGAGACAGACUUACAAGGUGAGCGCGUGUUGUUUUUGUUGUUGCUUUUUCCUACUUAACUAGUUUUUUUCACCUUUAUUCUUCAACAAUUCUUUGCACUUUAGAGGGUAAACGGCGUGACGGGUGGUUUUGUAUGUAGCGCGUUGGUGGCGGGACAUUUGAUGAGAUUUGUGAGGGUGUUUUUUUGUUGUCGUUUUUGGACAUGAAAAGGAUGUAGCAGCAUCGCAAUGUCACAGGGAAACACACGCAGGCUAAACGCCAGAUAAGAAGGCUGUCAUGGUCGACAAUAAAUCAUCCUCAUGCUUUUGCUUGCUGUGUAUUUUAUAGAAGGACUUGUGAAAUAACUCCAUACUAACUUAUAAAAAUUCAAAUUAGAAUAAUACCGUGCUGUACGUAUAUCUUUAAUGACAUUUUAUGUGACUGCAGGAGGUUUUGCAAGAGGAGGGAAAACACUAAAGUUGUUUUUUUUUUUGUAAUUUUCUGUCUGAAAAAGUAAAUAAACUUGU